AUGUCACACCACUGCCACGACGAGCACGGCGACGACGACCACCACCACCACCACCACGCCGGCGGCGCCGAGCACGACCACUCGGACGACAUCACGCCGGCGCUGCAGAACUCGCUCCUGGGCCGCAUCGACUUCGACCACGUCAUCACGCUCAACGAGGCCGAGCACGGCUCCGGCGCCGCCGUGGCCCGCAAGGACUGGGCCGCGCGCCUGGACCCGACCCCGGAGCUGGCCAGCGACGCCGACGAGCAGCUGCUGAUGCACGUGCCCUUCACGGGCCAGGUCAAGCUGCACUCUGUUCUGCUGCGCACGUCCGACUCGGCCGCGGCGCCCCGGACGCUGCGCCUGUUCGUCAACCCGCCCGAGACGUUCGACUUCUCGUCGGCCGAGGAGGACCGCGAGCCCGCGCAGGAGCUCGAGCUGAGCAGGACGUCCGAGGUGCAGGAGCUGCCGGUCAAGCGGGCCAAGUUCGCCCAGGUCGCGCGCCUGGCCCUCUUCUUCCCGGACAACUUUGGCGACGGCGACGAGGACGUGACGCGUAUUAGCUACAUCGGUUUCAAGGGUGAGUGGAUGCAGCUGGGCCGCGCGCCCGCAAAUAUCCUCUACGAGUCGGCCGCGAACCCCAGCGACCACGCCCUCAAGGGCACGAGCGUGAACCAGAUGGACAGCAGCGGCAUCGGAGGCCGGGGUCCGGGCGUCUAG